AUGGUUGAGCAACGCCCCGUGCACAACAGCGAGGUGUACCUGCUCCGCCAGACGCCCUUCACCACCGUCCCCCCCCUCUCGCCGCCAUCGCCCAUCACCCCAGCCGAAGACGACUUCUGCACCCCGAUCGAGGCCCUCAGCCUGAGCCCCUCAUCCAUUGCUACCUGCGACGAGCGCCUGGCCGUCCAGGAGCGCCUCGCCGGCGCCGUGCACGUCCUCAGCACCGAGACAACGGCGCUGCAGCGCGUCACCCAGCUCUACUCGACCGAUGCCGUCGCCCGCAGCGGCUUCAACCGUGCCGUCGAGGCCAUUGCCCGGCGCCAGAGCGACCGCGGCAAGAAUGGCAAGGUGGUGGUCGUAGGCGUGGGCAAGUCGGGCCAUAUCGCCAAGAAACUCGUCGCUACCUUCAACAGUCUCGCCAUCCAGGCUGUCUUCCUCCACCCGACCGAGGCCCUACACGGCGACCUCGGCCAGAUCGGCGCCAACGACACGUUUCUCCUCAUUACCUUCUCGGGCAAGACACCCGAGCUGCUGAUGCUCCUGCCGCACCUCGACAAGGCGUUGCCCCUGAUUCUGCUCACCUCCCACACGCGGCCUGAGACCUGCGAGCUGAUCCGCUGCCGCCCCGAUACAAUCCUGCUACCCGCGCCUAUACACGAGUCCGAGACCAAGUCUUUUGGCGUCUCGGCGCCCACCACAUCCACUACGGUGGCCCUGACGGUCGGCGAUGCGCUGGCUAUUGUUGUUUCGCGGGAGCUGCAUCCGAGCGUCUCCUCCGUCUUCGCCAAGAACCACCCCGGUGGCGCCAUCGGUGCGGCGCUGCGGGGGCCGCAGGACGCCCUAGUCCGCCACCUCGCCGUGCCGCUUAGCGACAUUGCCGACCUCAGUACCGGCACCCCCAGCGCGCCCACCACGGGCGCCGACGUGCUGCGCGCCGGCUACGCGUCGCCAUCGGGCUGGGUACGCCUGAGCAACGGCGGCAGCGGCAGCGGCACGGGCGUCAUCUCGCCGCGGCGCAUCCGCCAGCUGAGCGCGAGCGACCUAGUGCGGCGCAUCAUGGCCGAUGGCCUCGCCGCGGCUCUGGUGACGGCGACGGGCGACUUUGUGCCCAUGGCGGCCGAUACCACGGUGCGCCAGGCUGCCGAGUGGAUCCGGGCAUUGCAACAGCAGGGCAGGCCGCCGAGUCAACAGAAUGGCGGCGGCAGCAGCAACGACGAUACCCCCGAGAACACAAUCGUCGCCGUCAUGGAAAAAGGCGAGUGCAUCGGCCUUCUCGAGGGCGGGGCGCUACUAGAAGAAGCCGACAAAAAUCUAUAG